AGGACAGAUACAUUGCAAUUCAUGGAAUUCAAGUGAUAAAAAAAAUGAAAUGCAAUAAAUGUGUUUUGAAAACCUUUUGGUGGCCUAGGCACCGAUUGGUUGACUGCCGGUGAGUGCAUGCUGUCCGCCUUGCUGGGUUAAUUAUUGCCCCCCUCGUGUGCGUCGAGAGAUUGGAGAUGUAUAAGAGGAGAUAUAAGAAUUUAGUUUCUAAGGGGGUAAUGGUGAUUUUUUCCUUAGCCUGAUCAUCAAUUCUGGCAAAGGAGUUAUAGUGGUGUGGGUGUGUAAUAUAUUGUCAUCAUGAUUGUAUAGGAAAAAUAUUGGGAAUAUACACGUGAUUAACAUGGAUUUCGAAGAGGAAAAGAAAUUCGUUAUUGACACGAGAAAUGUCUUCUUUAGUGCGCUUAUUUCAGGUGGAUUUGCUGGAACAUGUGUUGAUGUUGCACUCUUUCCAAUUGAUACGCUUAAGACUCGUUUACAGAGUGAAAAUGGGUUUAUGCGGUCAGGAGGUUUUUCAAAACUUUACACAGGAUUGGCUCCAGUCAUUAUGGGAUCAGCACCCACAGCUGCCUUAUUUUUUGUUACCUAUGAAAGUAUUAAAAUGAUAUUACAUGAUAGUGUACGAAAAGAAUUUUUACCAUUUUUACACAUGGGUGCAGCUUCAAUGGCAGAGAUUGUAUCAUGCCUUAUUAGAGUACCAGUGGAAGUAGUCAAACAGAGAAGACAAGCUCUAUUACCAGAUCAAGGCAGAUAUAAUCUAAAGUUACUUUACAGAGGUUACUGGAGCACAGUAAUUAGAGAUAUGCCUUUUAGUUUAAUUCAGUUUUCUAUAUGGGAAUACCUCAAAAGAAUUUGGGCCGAACAGGCUCAAAAAGAUGUUUAUCCAUUUGAAAGUGCUAUAUGUGGUGCUAUGGCUGGUAGUAUUGCUGCUGCUUGUACCACACCAUUUGAUGUUGUAAAAACUAGGAUUAUGCUUGCCAAUAGAUCAGUUAAGAAAACAACUGAUUUAUCUGUUGUAAACAUACUUUUGUCAGUUUAUAAGAUUAAUGGACCAUCUGGUUUAUUUGCUGGUAUAGUUCCUAGAGUGACCUGGAUAUCAAUAGGUGGUUUUAUUUUUUUUGGUGUAUACGAAAAGUCUAAAGCUAUUUUGGAUUUCUAACUGGAAAAUCAUUUUAUAAAUUGUUUGUACCUGCGUUCAAUGUUCAUUAGAUUAAUUGUUUUAGGUAAUUAUAAUUAAUAUUUUUAACUACAAUUUCGUUAGA